CGUGAAAGUGUUAGCAAGCAUUCCAAAACCCUAGCCACUUUCUUCACUCGUCUUCUAUUUCAGGAUGGAGUCUCAGGUGAAGCAUGCUCUUGUUGUUAAAGUUAUGGGUCGUACUGGAUCCAGAGGGCAGGUGACUCAGGUUAGAGUGAAGUUUUUGGAUGAUCAGAAUCGUCACAUCAUGAGGAAUGUGAAAGGACCUGUGAGAGAAGGAGACAUUCUCACCCUACUCGAAUCUGAGAGGGAAGCAAGAAGAUUGCGCUAGAUGUUUUACAUCAAAACAGUGAUUUUAUUUUUGUGGUAGUUAGCGGACGUCAAAGGUUAUGUCAGCCUAUCUUUUUGUUUUGGAUCUGUUUCCAUUCAAAUUAUGGUCUGAAUUUUGUUGUUUUAAAUCUAAGUUUCAAGAUUGAAGUAUGGUUGUCUUAAUAUAUGAAUUAUGGAUUCUUAUAUGAUUUGGCUUCCAUUAAUAGUUAGCUAUUCCUACUGCA